AUGAUGAUGCUCUCAAGUGGCACGCCCCUGGUUGAUGCAGAUGAUGGGCAGUGGCGGACGAGGAAAGCAACCACAGCAACCAAAGAACAUCAACACAAGCUGGUUCCGUCGUUGGCGCCGGCCAUCCUCGACACAUUCUCAAAUCUCAAUGUGGCGCCGGUACGCCUGUGCCAGAUCUGCGACCACGUGUUGAGCCAGCUUGGAUCGUACAGCCCAGAGUGCCUUCAGUCGUCAUCAAGUUUCUCAUGCAGCAAGGUGGCGCUGUUGUUGAGGGGAGUGGCAGAUGUUGCCGCACACCAGAACGCCCACCGCCGCGGCGCAGAGACCACCGUCAUCAAGCUUGCAAGCACGGGCCGGCUCAUCGCCGCCAUGGCCGCUGCCACGUUUGCCAGACACACGCGCGCGUUCUUGAUGUGCUUCAAGUCGAUUGUGCACAUGGCGGACAUCCUGAGCCAGCGGCAGGGGGCCGCGUGCCGCGACCUCGCCUUAACGGCCGGAGGUGGUCGGGGCCCUGGUGGCGCACAUUGGCACGGGGCAGGCACAGGAGACCACCCGAAGCUGCUGCACCCAUUUGCGCUCAUGCUGAACGGCAUCCUGGACUGCCUGAGCACCCUGCACUUCAUCCACAUUCUGCAGCUCUUCUGUGUCCUGACCACGCUCAUGUCUGACCGCAAGCGCACCGCCGCCGCAGGCCUCAGCAUUGAUGACGAGAACGAGGAUGAGCUGAAACGCAUCAACACCAUCGCCGCCGCCACCGUCACCCACACCUGGCUCGCUCUUGCCAACGACGCAGGCAUCUCCAUCGACGGCGACCAUCUCUCCUCACUGUUGCAGGCAUUGCACUUCAUCUAUGUCGACAAGUGGACGGGUGCACCCCACACGCGGGAGGUGUGCUCCAACUUCUCGCCUGAGUACACGCGCGCGCGCGAGGUGGGCAAGGACACGCACGUGGUCGUCAACGAGAAGACGCUGCAGGCGCCGUUCGAGACGGAGCUGCAGCUGCUGUCAGGGAUUGCCGCCGUGUUUGCGGACACAGUGCGCAGAAAGACCGACGUGGCAUUUCUCCGCACGUGCAGGGUUGCGGAAGCACGCUGCCGGGACGCGCCUCUUCACGUUCCUGAUGGCGCUGCAGCCCAUUUGUAUGGUGGGACCUGUCGCUGGGGAGGGGCGACCUGA